AUGUACCAAUACAAAAAUACCAGCAUCUUAGAAGAUUUGGCUUAUAGGCAAUUUGAAAGCCAACCACGAGGUGAUAGUGAUUACAGUGUGCCUUGUUCAGAGAGAUUGACUGACAGAACAGGGAGGCAUUUACCUCGGUAUCAUCCGUACGUAGGUAGGAGACCAUCAUCGACGUGUCGUGGUGGGGCGUUUGAACAAACUGUGACUCAAGAAAUGCCAAGUGGUCAGCCGCAUGGCUUAAAUGUUUACUGGCCGUACGCAAGCAACACAUUGCCAUCCAAUGUUGGCACGCCAUACGCUCAAGCCAUUUAUCCAGUCGCAGUUUGUUCUGAAUUAUUCACUUACUCAACAUUAAAAAGUCUUGAGAGUGUUUGUAACCUCGCAUCCGGAAGUUGUGUUUCUUCUUCCACCGGUUCUAAGUCUUUGCCUUUUGCAACCGUUUUCGAGUCGCAGAAGAAAGAGAUGGAACACGAGCACCCCUUCCACUGGAGACGUCGGACAGCGCCGGUGGAAGGGCUGACGCGCACGCGCGACAAGUACCGUGUAGUGUACACAGAGAAACAGCGGACAGGCCUGGAGCACGCCUUUGAGGAAAACAAGUUCAUCGCGCUGCAGACCAAACUGGAACUGGCCAAGGAACUCGACCUUUCUGAGAGACAGAUCAAGCUAUGGUUUCAAAACCGACGGGCAAAAGAAAGACGAGAUUUGAAAAAAUCCAACGUGACAAAAACAGCUGGAGGCUCUUCAUCACCAAAGGACAAAACUUCGUCUAAUACCUCGCUCAACUAUAAGACGCCGUUAUUGAACUACACAGACUGCCAGUUUCAAGACAAAGUAGCGGAUAGUAAUUUCCAGGUUACACGACCUUGCUUUGAAUCCAUGACCACCAAUCCACAGAGAGAUACAAUAAUGGCCAACGACAGUUCACCACUCUCUUUGAAUGGAUCUACAAUGUUUCCAAAUCCAUGGAAGUUCGGAGAAAGCAGAGACUGGUCUCCAUACCUAGAUGUUUCUCCCAUAGGUGGCAAUACCAGUCAGAGAUGGUGA